AUGCGCUUCUUCUCCAUCGCGGCCGUCAGCAUCUCGACUCUCCUCCAUCUUGCAGCUUCGCAAGACUUGUCGACUCUCCCAUCGUGUGCGGUGACAUGCGCCCUCAACGCCAUUGGCGGUACAGGCUGUGCAGCCACGGACGCCGCUUGCGUCUGCUCGGCAACCAGUUUCUUGACCGAUGUACAAGCAUGCAUCAGCACAGCUUGUAGCGCCGCUGACCAAGCAGCGACCCUAGCAUUUGCGCAACAGUACUGCGGUUCUGCAGGCAUCACCAUCACCUUGCCAACCGCCAGCGCCUCUGCUCCGCCUGCUGGACCGACCUUCACAUCGUCCCCAACCAUUGCUCCGCCUGCAACUCCCGCAACGACUACCAGCUACGCACCUGCGAGUUACACGGCCGUGAGCAGCGCUGCCCCACCUGGUGCAUCGUACACUGGUGCCGCUUCUGCAUUGAAGCAGCAGUGGGCUGGCUUUGCUGGCGUCGUUGGACUGGGUGUUGCCGCCCUGCUCUAG